GUGAGAGAGAGUGUCGAAAGUCGAAGUAGUUGGGGAAAAUUUGUGUAAAAAUAAGUUUUAAUCGGUGCGAUUAAAAAAAAAAAUAGAAUUUGAACAAAAAGGCGACUAAAAUUUUGGCACAAGUCGCCCAGCGGUUUUCGAUAUUUUUGAAAGAAUACAAUAAAUAAUAUCAUUAAGGAAAUUUCAUAACAAAAACAUCAAAUAAAAUGGCGAGUUUAAUGCGAGUGCCAUCGAUUUUGGCUAAAAAUGCCGCUGCUAUGCUUCGUGCAUCUUCCGUUGUUCCACAACGCGAAUUGCACAUCGGCAAUGGCCGCCGUGAAGCUUCCACCAAAGCUGAUGCCAUCUCCAAGGAAUAUCCAAUUGUCGAUCAUGCCUACGAUGCCAUUGUUGUAGGUGCCGGCGGUGCUGGUUUGCGUGCCGCUUUCGGUUUGGUAGCCGAGGGCUUCAAAACCGCUGUCAUCACAAAAUUGUUCCCCACCCGUUCACACACAAUUGCCGCCCAAGGUGGUAUCAAUGCUGCUCUGGGUAACAUGGAAGAAGAUGACUGGAAAUGGCACAUGUAUGAUACAGUAAAGGGUUCCGAUUGGUUGGGCGAUCAAGAUGCCAUCCACUAUAUGACCCGUGAAGCACCCAAGGCUGUCAUUGAAUUGGAAAAUUAUGGUAUGCCCUUCUCCCGUACACCCGAUGGUAAAAUCUACCAACGUGCCUUUGGUGGUCAAAGUUUGAAAUUUGGCAAGGGUGGUCAAGCCCACAGAUGUUGUGCCGUAGCUGAUAGAACUGGUCACUCCUUGUUGCACACCCUUUAUGGUCAAUCAUUGAGCUACGAUUGUAACUAUUUCGUCGAAUACUUUGCCUUGGACUUGUUGAUGGAGAACGGCGAAUGCCGUGGUGUUAUUGCCUUGAACUUGGAAGACGGUACCCUGCAUCGUUUCCGUGCCCGAAACACUGUCAUGGCCACCGGUGGUUAUGGCCGCGCUUACUUCUCCUGCACCUCUGCUCACACAUGCACUGGUGACGGUACCGCCAUGGUUGCCCGCCAAGGCUUGCCCUCACAAGAUUUGGAAUUCGUACAGUUCCAUCCCACUGGUAUUUAUGGUGCUGGUUGCCUUAUUACCGAAGGUUGCCGCGGUGAAGGCGGUUACUUGGUCAAUGCCAAGGGUGAACGUUUCAUGGAACGUUAUGCUCCAGUGGCUAAGGAUUUGGCUUCUCGUGACGUUGUUUCCCGCUCCAUGACCAUUGAAAUUAUGGAAGGCCGUGGUGUUGGUCCCGAAAAGGAUCAUGUCUACUUGCAAUUGCACCAUUUGCCCCCAGAGCAAUUGGCUCAACGUUUGCCCGGUAUCUCCGAAACCGCCAUGAUCUUUGCUGGUGUUGAUGUGACACGCGAACCCAUUCCUGUAUUGCCCACCGUACAUUACAACAUGGGUGGUAUUCCCACAAACUACAAGGGUCAAGUGUUGACCAUCGAUGAGAAUGGCAACGACAAGGUUGUUCCUGGUUUGUAUGCUGCUGGUGAAUCUGCCUGUUCCUCGGUGCAUGGUGCCAAUCGUUUGGGUGCUAACUCAUUGUUGGAUUUGGUUGUCUUUGGUCGUGCCUGUGCCAAGACCAUUGCUGAAGAAAACAAACCCGGUGCCACACCACCAUCUCUCAAGGAUAAUGCCGGUGAAAUGUCUGUUGCCAAUUUGGACAUAUUGCGUCAUGCCAACGGCAGCAUUACCACAGCUGAUUUACGUUUGAAAAUGCAAAAGACUAUGCAACAUCAUGCUGCUGUCUUCCGUGAUGGCCCAGUACUUAAGGAGGGUGUUGAAAAGAUGUCCGACAUCUAUCAGCAAUUCAAGGACAUUAAGGUUGUCGACAAGUCAAUGGUUUGGAACUCCGAUUUGGUUGAAACUUUGGAAUUGCAAAAUCUUUUGGCCAAUGCCAAGAUGACCAUUGUCGCUGCUGAAAACCGCAAGGAAUCCCGUGGUGCCCACGCCCGUGAAGAUUACAAGACCCGUAUCGAUGAAUACGACUACAGCAAGCCUGUAGAUGGCCAACAAAAGAAGCCCUUGGAAGAACAUUGGCGCAAACAUACACUCCUAUGGGUAACCGAUGACAAGGGUACCGUCGAAAUCAAAUACAGACCUGUUAUCGAUCAUACUUUGGAUGAUACCGUAACAACUGUACCUCCUGCAAUUCGCUCGUAUUAAAAUG